AUGUGUCCUGUGUGGCUAUUGGUUGCGGCUGCGGCAGUGGGCGUGGUCAGAGGAGCUGUCAGUCAGUGCUGGGAACAUCCCAGCUGCCAGGAGGUCAACUCUGAGAGCAGCAUGAUGGAGUGUAUCCAGCUCUGUCGCUCCGACACCAACGAGACGCCCAUCAUACCCGGUGACGCACACCUCCAACCUCCUCCUCCCUCAGAUCCUCUAUCUCUUUUACCUUUUCCUUCGAUCUUCUCCUCCUCCUCCUCUCCUCAGGCCAAGCGCUCCUACUCCAUGGAGCACUUCCGCUGGGGGAAGCCUGUCGGGCGAAAGCGCCGCCCGAUUAAAAUCUACACCACCAAUGGCGUGGAGGAGGAGUCGGCUGAGCUUUUCCCCGGAGAGAUGAGAAGGCGGGAGCUGGCCAGUGAGAUGAUGGCGGCGGUGGAGGACGAGGAGAAGGUGGCGCAGGAGGAGCAGAUGCCGGGCGACGUCCACGAGAAAAAGGAUGGCGCGUACAAGAUGAAGCACUUCCGCUGGAGCGGCCCGCCAGCCAGCAAACGCUACGGCGGCUUCAUGAAGAGCUGGGACGAGCGAAGCCAGAGGCCGCUGCUUACGCUCUUCAAAAACGUCAUCAACAAAGAUGGACAGGAGGAAAUGAGGGAGCAGUGA